AUUAGACCUUCAAGAAAAGACAUACAGAGACGAGAGAUGAUUGAGUAGCACUAACUUGCAUGGUGGAUGAGCUCUAAAGCCACAUGUAGUUCUACCUAAUUUUCAAAGCUAGGCUUCAGAGACUCUCCUCCAGCAAAUUCUUCGUCUUCUUCUUCUUCUUCUUCUUCUUCUUCUUCUUCUUCUUCAUAAUCCCUAUGAUCAAGCUUCAUUCAACAAAUUAAACCCCACGAUAUAUACAAUCCCUUUUGAGACAAUUACAUCAUUUCGACAGCAUGGAAAGUCUCAGUUUGAUUAUUGGAGCACUAGGUAAUAUUAUUUCAGUGUUACUCUUUCUUUCUCCUGUGGGAGUAUUUCGGCGUAUUUUGAAGCAUCGAUCGACUGAAGAAUUUGAGAGCCUUCCUUACAUUUGCACACUAUUAAACUCUUCCCUGUGGACUUACUAUGGUAUUAUCAAGACUGGAGAGUUUCUCGUGGCCACUAUAAAUGGGUUUGGUGUUGUCGUUGAGAUUGUUCUCUUGACAUUGUUCCUUGUUUUUGCACCUCCAAGAAUUAGGGCAAAGACUGCCAUGCUUAUUGGGAUUUUGGAUGUGGGGUUUCUAGCAGCAGCAAUAUUGGUUUGCCAGUUAUUAUUGCAGGGUGAUAUGAAGAUCGAUAUCAUAGGAUUCUUGGGUGCUGGACUUAACGUUGUCAUGUAUGGUUCUCCUCUUGCAGCCAUGAAAACAGUGGUGAGGACUAAAAGUGUGGAGUAUAUGCCUUUCCUCCUCUCCCUUUUCGUUUUCUUGAAUGGAGGGGUGUGGACUUGCUACGCCGUGCUAAAGAAAGAUUGGUUUCUAGGAGUGGCAAAUGUGGCUGGAUUCUUUCUUGGAGCAGCUCAACUAAUACUUUAUGCAAUAUAUUGGAAACCCAAGUCAUCAAAGAAUACAGCAUCAAAGGAUUCAGAGCAUGGUUCACAGCAUGAACACCUUUUACCAUCUUCCAGCCAUUUUAGAGAAAAUAAUGAAGCAUAGAGGCCUUGCCUGUUGGUUGCGUGCAUAUCAAUAGGACGAGACCAGAUUGAAUUGAACAGGAUUUUUUUUUUUUUUAAUGGGAGAAGGGAGGUUGGACAGAAAUAAAAUUGUUUGUUGGCAUGUUUAUGUGCAGUUAAACCUUUAUAAAUCAAUACUUUUAAGAUUAUAAAAA